AUGAUGGCAGUUCCUGCGACCGAGUGUUGCGUGAACUGCUGCAGCGAAACGUGGAUCCUAGCCCUUACAGUGGCUGACAUCGUCUCCGACUUCCUCUACUUUGAGGAGCUGUAUACGGAGAACGAACUUUUCUUGCGCUCACACGACGCGUGCAUGUUUUUGUUCGACACGACAAAGGUGCCCGACGGAGUUGCUUUCGCUGUCCUAGGGUUCGCCAUUGUGGGACUGGUGGCCUUCCUAAGCGGACCUGUCUCCGACAUCGGCACCGCGGUUUCGAUCUCUGUUGAGGAUUUCCCGAUCAUCAUCAUCACCACGGCCAUCCAGGCGUACCUCGCCGGCGCGAACGUGCGCGAGUGGCACGCCGUCGCCAUCGUCAGCUAUGUGUUCUCCUUGUUCUCCAUGCAGCAGAAGAUCAUGAAGCUCGGCCUGGUGAAGAGCAUCCGCGACAUCCUUCACCCACGGGCGGAGGAGGAGCGGCAGGCGGAGAUAGGUCCAUGUUACUGGUGGGUGGUGUUCGUGCGCUCCCUCGCCGCGGUCGCCUUCACGGUGUUGUUGGCUUGGGCGCUCUCGGCUUUCAUAAUCUUUUUCGCCCCGGACCCGCCGGGGGAACGAUGACGUCAUGUUCGUGGUGGUUUGCUGGUGAGGGUCGCGGGGUGAGGAGGCACCACCAGUCCUCGCGUUGCUAGCUUGGCGUGUUUGGCGGCCCGCACACACCCUUGUCCCCUGACGAUCGACGGCUUGUGGCCGUUGCGCGGUGGGUUUUGUUUCCGUUGGAGGUGACAACGGGGUUAGAAGGCUCAACCGGUUGUCGCGUUGGCUCGGCGUGUUCGGUGGCCCGCCCGCCCAACCCCCGCGAGUUGUGGUCGUUGCCAGUGUAGCCAUGAGAUUCGAUCUGGGCCGUUUGUUUUGGGGGGUUUGGCCCACCUUGACCUUGGUUCCGGCAAGUAAAAUUUGCAUUCGCUACGAGUCCGUAGCUUAUGCUUUGCGUCACGCUGGGUUUGGUAGUGUUACAGCGCCGUUCCACGUCGUCAGUGCCGCUUACGAAGCGCUCAACGGUUACGAAUGGUCUCCCCGCCUUUUCUGGAAAAUCCAGUUAAGGAGUUGGUCAGCGGGGUUGGGCACGAGUCGCACCUUUCGCAUAACGAAUCUCUCACCCCUUACUGCGAGUGUUUCCCAGCAACUUGUUGAGAUUGCUCGAAUCUGUCGAGAGUUUUGCCCAUCACGUACGAAGUGCAAUUAGGCAGGCGCGUUCUUGUACCUUGAACAUAUUCGUUCCCGGUGUCUAUUAUUGAUAUUGUGUGUGUGUCUGGCUGCUGCCACUGCGCGCUUCACCGUCCAAGUGGAAUUGGUCGGAGUGAGGAGGUCUACGGAUAACGGUUAGAAUGGGUUUUAUUGAUUCGUGUUGGAUUUGACAAGGGGUGUUUCGAAGACCCCGAUUGGAAAAAACUUCCUGUUCCUCCUUUCCCAGAGUACAUUACUCGACACGCAUCAGGCUGUGUGCCCAUGGACGGACAUGGAUGACCCGGUAAGCCCAUGGUGGUCAUUUCUGUCGGCGUGUGUUUUACAAGUUACGUGGUGGUUGGGUGGGCUGUACAAUUCGCUCCAGCUUGCAUCUUCAACGCGGAUCUACCGCGUGAGUUCAUACAGCACAACGGAAUGCGGUGCUGGCGUGAAGCAAACCGAGGUAAGCCUGUCGACCAAACAGACCUGAUCUCGGAGUGUUGUUCUUGAGGUGUGGUGGUCUGGGUUGCAGACACAGGCUUGACGCCGGCACCCCCCCCGGGUCUACCACUGUAGAGAAAAUUGCUUGGGUUACCGUAGCCUUGUUUCCGUAGGAUAAUUCGGCUCGGAUAGCCCACUGGUCGUGUAAGUAGAAUGUCAUUCUCAGAAGCUGUCAUCUGUUUUUUGUCUGUCUUUACAAGUGCCACCUAUGUGCCGUAUCACAGGCUUCCAGCAAGCUACAUGCACCCUCUUAUUUUGUUUUUUUUCGUACAGAAGCAUCUUGUUUUUGGUUCGAGGAGGGAUGCGGGAAAAAUUAGCGGCGCUAUCGCGGCUGUGCACGCAUGGGUAUGGCCGUUCAACUUUGGCGUAAGCGAAUUGUUUUGCACUGCUGUGUAAAGUGAAAGUGAAAUGAUGGGGCGGUGGUAACUCUUUGUCCCACUUUGCUUCAAUGUUGAGCAUGACUUGGGAGGUAUAUUUUGUUUGUCACGUCUGUUUUCGUGGCACGUUUUUUCUGCGGCAGUUGCUGCGGAUGAAGCGUUGUUCUGUCGAACAGUGAUCGAUCAGGGCUUGUCCCGUUGUUCGUGCUGUGUCGGUGUUGAUGAGUAGGCAAGCGAAAAGUGUGCAUAAAAUACAAACCCGUUGUUUACCUAGUCCAAGAUAUGGACGGUGCGUGGGGUCAGGCGUGGAGCACUCGACAGUAAACGUUCGUACUGCUGCUUUCGUCUUC